AUGUCCGAGUCCAAUCCCUCAUCCCCCCACGACAGUUGGUCCUCCAUCUCCGACACCGUCUCUGACAGGAAGAAAGUCACCUUUGAGGAGGGAGAGCUUGGGGGUCUCGAUGGAGAGGAGGAGGAGGAAGCCAUCAGUCGCUGCCAUAUCUUUAUUGAGAACCCGGGGCAAUGCGUGGAGAUGAUGGAUAAUGACGGAGUUGUUGGCAACGAAUACUUCAUCCGUGUGAUGCUAUUCGAUAGCGCUAAUGCUGAUCAGCCUCGAAGUGUGGUCAUAAGGAACGAUGAAGUCGAUGGUCAACGACAGACUCCGUCCACUGGGUGCCUCGACUUCUCAGAGAGCGCAGCGAUUGAGCUCGUUAAGGGCCACGACUCGAAAGAAUCGUCAGAGAGAAUCAUUGGCCGCACUAUGAUUGGAAUCGAGGACUUAUCGGAGAUACAACUUUGCAGCUCCACAAACCUCCUCGUACGGGAGUUGUAUGAUCCCACUUCUCUACGCAAGGUCGGCACCAUAGAUCUUCGUUUUGUCAUCGUCACUCUAAUGUCUGAAUACUAUCGAGACUCCCUCAGUGGACCAUUGAAGAGUGACCGCACUGGUUGUGAUGUGACGAUCAUUGGUCAUCGCGGCAUCGGCAGUGAUGAGCAGGGAUCCAGGAUUAGAGAGAACACACUACUCGCGUUCAAUCAGGCUGCCAAGUAUGGUGCCAACGCUGUUGAGUUCGACGUAUUCCUGACGUCGGACAAGCAACCCAUGGUUUAUCACGAUCUUCAAAUCACGGCUACCUACGGCCAGUCAAGCCUCGGGUCUGAGAAUCAUCCGAAGACCAGCCGCCGAGCGACAGCCUUCGUUACUUAUAACCGUUGCGAGAGUUCUCUCGGGCUGUUACGUGGGGGCUCGUCCAAUGAACUCGAUAAGCGCCCGGGCGUUGCCAACAUGCACGAUGGGUUGCCGACGCUGCGCUGUGUGCUAGAGGGGACACCGUCCACCUUGGGAGCUCUAGUAGAAAUCAAGUUCAUGUUCUCAUCGUUCGACCCCGAGCUCUGUGUGACGCUCAGACAGAAGCAGAGUCGCUUCCCUGUUAUAUUCAACGUUUGGUUUGGGUACGAGAACGAGCAUGAUAAUACUGAGGUUGACUUCACUGAUGUCCGCAAUGUGAACCCUUACGCUGCGAUCGAGUUCUGCGUUGCAACGGGACUGACCGGAAUUUGUGGUGAGGCUAGCUGGAUUAUGAAGAACGAGGAAUGGGCGAGAGAGUGUAAACAGAGAGGUUUGUCGCUGUACACUUAUGGCGAGGAGAACAGCACAGUCGAAGGCGUUGAUACGCAAAUAAGACGCUUAGGAGUUGAUGGGUGCAUUGUUGAUAAUAUUAAUCGCUUCAAAUCGAUCAAAGAUUCGUCAGAGGUCGAGGAAGAGGUUCUAUUAACAUUGGCGAAAGCGAAAAAGAAAUGGGCAGUGACUAAGCGACAAUCCAUGGCGUACUUCCCCGUGAUGCAUGAUGAAAAUUAA